CAUAUCGUUUGAAAAACGUGUGAUCACACCAAAUGUAAGAACCGUUUCCAAAUAUGGCACAUUGAAAAACGUGUUCCAUCAAGGGCCCCGUCCGACCCCAACACUAUCUCCGAAAGAAAGAACACGCGCCCCUUUGCAAUCUACGGGAGGGUCAUCCAGAUCGAUGCGCUGUAUAAAAGAUGCACGUCUCUUCUCAAACAGCAUUCAGUUUCGGAUUCAAACUUGCUUAGCCAUGUGGAGUGUUGUACUGCUUUCGUUGGGGCUUUUGGCCAAUGGCUCCCGCGGUGAUUUGGGACUGACUAUUACCAUUCCAAAUUUGGUUGCCGACGUGCAGGCUGCAAUCGGGCAAGGCAUAGCACCGAUCACCAACGCUAACUCUACGAUUCAGGUCAAUGUUGGUUCCGAUGUGAGCGGAGCGUUGCAGGCUGUGGUGGCCGAAUCGAACGCGAUAAGCAUCAGUAUUGGUCCAGUGUUCCAGGCUACGCAACUGGCGGCUUCCGACUCGACAAAUCCUCCGUCAGUUGUGUUUGCGAAUCUGUACGGAACGGUGAAUGCUGCCAAGUUGGUACUUGAACAGUCUGCUGGCGUCUUGCAACAGUUUCAACCGGCCGUUAGUGACCGGGUUUACCUUGCUAUCACGAGUAACCUUACAAAGCUGCAAGAUGAUCUGGACGUGCUGACGCUGAACUUAAUUGCGCUGGGAACUGCUGUUAACGUGGUGCAAUUGACCAACAUUAUACCCAUCACCAGUUUGAACGUUGGCAGCAUUGUAACGCCCGCGCUGGUCGCAAGUUUGACCAAUACGCUGAAAAGCCUCUCCACGAGCGUCGCAAAUCUGGGAUUUCUUUUUAACGAUAUUGUGAAACAGACAACCGAUGCAAUUAGCAUCGUGUCCAGUACCAACUCAACGGCCAGUGCAGCAAUUGCCACGCUCGGGACGCAGUUGACUAGCUUUAUCAACUCCGUAGCCACCGUAGGUAAUAGGUUUGGCCUAGUUCUGACAACGCUAUCCAACAACAUCGCUGCCGUGCACUCGCCCAUCACGGGAGCAUCCUCUAGCUUUAACGGCGGAAAUAUCGUGAACUUAACACAAUACUUGAACACCGUUGUGCAGUCCACGCAACAGCUCUCGCAGAACUUAACCACUCUGUUCCAAGAUCUGCAGAACAACGUCCAGCAAACGUUUGUCGAGCAGGUUGAUGUUGCCAUUAAUCAGAUCUACAGCGCCAGCCUAGGACUGGCCCAACGGGCUGGUAUCUCGGAUAGCAUCUUUAAGAACAAUUGCUACCAGAAAUACAACCUGCUGCUUCAGCAACCAUCAGUGCAAGUUUCCCGUCUAAACGCCUGCUUACUGUCAGAAGCUGAUUCCCUUACCAAGAUUCAACAACUGCUUGAUUAUCUUCUGGCCCAGGUGCAAACGGAUGCUACGGCGAUUACGAACAACAAAUUGGCCACUUGCACCACGCUGAACGGGGCUUGCAUUUUGUCGGUAAGUUUUUGUAUCACCCGGCUUCAGAUCCACCUCUUCUCAAGAUCUUCUUUAUUCUGACCAACAGUACUUCUCGGCGUACAAAGACCUGGCUCAGCAAACCAGUAUCCAGCUGACCCUGACCAACGGCUUGAUCGUUACGGAAGCGCGCGCCGUCGCGAACCGGAUCCGCACGUGCGUGGUGGCCUCCGUCGCCGACAUCAACGACAUUGCCCAGCAGAUCCUGGCCAACUUCAACGGAUGUCUGGUGACGGGACAGUAGUGUGCAUGGCUCAGGAUUUUGGAGAAAUAUUAUGUGAAGUGCAAUAAAGUUAUCAAGCAAUUAAAAAAAAACAACUCAAUCCUUUGUGAACGAUGCCUCUAUCACUAGGGGAAAUAUACUCAGUUUAAUCACUAUAAGCCGUUCGACCAUUUCUCAUCUCUUUGUCGUUUUCCGCUAU